CUUUGGGCGUGUUUGGGCUGCCGACUAGGAAUCACCACUUUGUCACUCUGCACACCCGCGUUGCGCAGCCCUCCAUCUCAACCACUCCUCUGAGCACUCCAUUCCGGCCAUGGUAAACACCAUGGUAUCAGAGGAAGAGGUGGAGGCUUUCCUCGUCGCUCUCCGGGCAGGCGACGUCGACAAGAAGAUCAACUUGGUCCAGCUUUGGGCAAUAAAGCUGGACCCAAUAUCAGAGCUCCCAGACAAGACCGUCGACGCCAUCACGCUCUUGGUCGCGCCGUUCUUGCGGUCGCCGUCGCACCUCCUCGUGACUUCAGCUCUAAGCGCGUUCCUUCCGGCUUACAUCCCCCUCAUCCCGUCCGCCGCACCACAUGUCCACCACCUCCAGCUGGCACUCGUCCAGCUUGUCCCCGGGCUCAUUGAGCGACUAAACGACCCAAAGGACAAGGUCCACGAGCCCGCGAGCCAGUGUCUUGCCCUCCUCGGAAACAAGGCCUACGAGGCCGAAUCACCAGCGCCAUCGCAGAAGGGCAAGGCCAAAGAUGGCAUGGCUAGUAUUUGGGAGAAGGCAGUCAAGGACACCCUUGCGGGCAAGAACUCACGAGCCAAGAUUGUCCUCUUGAAGCUCUUGUUAGCGAUGAGGAGCGACAAGAGCUCCAAGCUCCCUCUCAAGCCGUGGUUACCAGGCCUCGUCAACCUCUUGGAAGAUGGCGAUGGCAGUGUGCGGGACCAAGCAAGAGAAACUGUCGUCGCCUUGUUGUCUCCGCCGACGGUUCCCGCCGCUGCUCGCUCCGAACUCAAGAAGCUCAUGUUGGCACGCAAUGUCCGCAAAUCGAUCGCCGAUGUAGUUAUCGCGCGCGUCCUUGGUGGCGACUCUGGUCCAGCACCAGCGCAAACAGAGACGGAGACGGCCGUUCCUGCAGAGUCGGCUGCGAAACCCAGCCAACUCAAUGGGAAUGAGGAAGUAGAGGUUGUGUUGGUUGCGAGUGCCGCAGAUCUGCAAAGCGAAUUCAAGGCCAUGGUUCCACAUUUCCAGGGCAAGGAAACGGAGCACAACUGGGGCCCUCGCGAACGCUCACUUGUACGAAUGCGAGGGAUGCUCCGCGGCGGUGCAUCAAGCAAGUACUCGGACGCGUUCUUGGCUUCCUUGAAAGGGGACGUGAUUGACGGGAUUGCGAAGACUCUGCUCAGCUUGCGAACAACUGUAGCACAACAGGCGUGUGCCCUGGUACAGGAGCUUGCAGAGAGCCUAGGCACAUCGUUUGACGCCUGUCUUGAACCCUUACUCCCAGUAUUGGGGAAGAUGGCAGGCUUCACAAAGAAAAUCAUUGCCGACAAGUCUCAAAGGGCGGUAACGGCCAUUAUCAUUCACUCAACACUACACCCUCGGCCUAUUAUUUCUCACAUUGCCGCCGGUAUCAAUGACAAGAGUAUCGCAUCGCGCCAGUUCGGUGCAGCCCACCUCAAAACGUUCUUGGAGAACCAAGCCCGUCCGCACUUGAGUGCCAUAGAGGCUCACGCUGGGACAGUGUCUGAAAUCGAGCAGUUGCUACGACGCUGUCUCGCGGACACCAGCACUGGUGUUCGUGAACAAGCUCGAGGAGCAUUCUGGGCCUUUGACAAGGUUUGGCCGCGGCAAGCUGCAUCAAUCCUCGACAGCCUCGACUCCACUGCCAAGAAACAACUUGAGAAGGCAAACCCUAAGGGCACGCUGUCCGCCGGCGGCUCUGCGCGAACGACUCCGAAUAGACCCCGUCAGAGCUCGGCGAUGGCGGCCAUGAUUGCUGCAAGGCGAGCCAAGGCCGCUGCAGACAAGGCCUCGUCCACCAACGGGAGCUCACGAGCAGCCUCACCAAACGCUUCACCAUCAGCUGUCUCUCGGACGGCCGGCAACGAGGCUGGUGUGCCCGAUAACACCGUGUCGGCGAGACAGGCGAAGGCAACUUCUCCCCCUCCCGCCGGAGAGGAAGGAAGCCCACAACCUCCUAUGGAGACUGCAUCGCCCUCGCCCUCCUCUCCACCGGACGUGGAUGCCCUCGCUCUCGGCGUAGGUGCGCUGGGGCUUCAUCAAAACAAUGGACACGCGGCAGCUUCAGCCUCUUCAUCGCCGCCCAAGGCACCAGAAGCAGCAUCGUCGCCCAUUUCGUCCACUCUUUUCAAGGCGUCUACCGACCCUCGUCCAACCCCCGGCGAUUCGCGGUUGACAACUGACUCACGGAGAGGAGUGGAACAGCGAAACCAGCCGCUUGGAGUGGAAAACCUGGACAAUGCGCAUGCCUCUCAAACGAGGAGACGAGUAUCGGCUCAGAGCGAAAAGCGCCUAUCCACUCACUCUGUGAAAAGCGACAAGUCCCGAUCAAGUGCUCAGUUGGGCCAUCCGCCGCGUGUAGGCCAACGCGCGACUGUUAUUCCUACACCCGUCCUGAAGACCAACGCGGCGUCAUCCCAAGCUUCAUCUCGGUCGCGGUCGUCUAGUCUUGCCAGGACGCUCUCGCACAGCCCACCAUCGCUCCUUGACUCGAUGCCUCGGUCGCUGCGUCAUUCAGACAUGCGGGACGCAGCAUCCAGCGAUACAUCUGCGGGGGGCUCCCAUCUUCGUACGCCCACCCUCCCUCGAUUUCAUCUUCCGAGAUCUCAUCCGGAGCCCGUACACUACCAAGCCGAGUCGUCGUUGCCGCCACAUCGCGGUGUUGCUUCACGCAAUGUGUCCGACUCGGUCAAUACCACGCCGUUUGCUAGACGUCGAAGUUUCGUUCCCGAUGGGCCGGUCGAUCCGGCGGACGACGCACGCCGGGCGCAGGUUGCGCAGGGUUUAUCCGCUGCCCAGCAGCUCCUCGACUUUGAUGACGAUCAAAUGGACUUGGCAACCGCCCCCAUUACUCCCGCCCGCCCUGGGAGUUCGAGCGUUUCCAUCGCACAGCCAUUCCGCACACCAGUCUCACGUCAGCGUCAGAUUUGGGAGGAUUCGCCACGGGCCAUGACUCCGAGGCUGCUUCACGACCUGAAGAGUCGCGCUCAUGAACGCAGCUGGUGGAAAGAGCGUCAGAAAUUGCUCGACCAGGCAACGUCCCUCAAUGCCGAUCGUGAACUCACAAAGGAGACCAUCGAGGAAGAUGUCGGGGCUCUGACGUCUGGCUCGCCGACAUUGGGAAAUUUGCAGAGACUUGUCCUGUUCUCACAAGCUCAUGACAUUGCCCUUGAAAACUCCCUUGACGACGAGGUUGACCGGGAGGACAUUGCCGAACAAAAGCUCGUAUGGGAAGAGCAGCGUCUUUUCGACCGUGUAUUCGACGGGCUGAUGGCAUUCUUGGAUCCCAAGCGGGCCACAAACAUCUUGGAGCAAGGUCUGGUACUCUUGUGGGAGCUUGUGCAGAACCAAUGGGUCUUGUGUGAAUCUAGGGAGGACGAUCUGUUGGAUUCGCUCUUCGUCCUGCGAUCAUCCACCAACCCUGUCAUCCUGGAAUCGACAAACUCUCUGGUCUCCCUGCUGACGGAGGUGUGCAACCCUCCUUUCCUCCUCCUCCUGCUUCACUCGGCACUUGAUCGAUACAUUGCGGCGCGAAGUACGGAGUCGUCGCAGUCCAAUCUGGCCGCCCUACAGCACGAAUCUGCGCAUCUCCGUGGCGACCGUGCAAGGGUCUCGGGAUACAACUUUGGUCUUAACGCCAUGGGCAUGUGCAUCCUUCACCUCCCAAAGGAAGCUGUGGAGACCGAGGCCAGGCGACUCGAGCGACAAGUUAUGGCUGCCCUGUCCCUCACCACGGCGGAGGGUGUGCUGGCUCGACAGGCGGCGCACCGUGUCAUUCUGGCUGUCCAGUGCAUGCUAGGGGAUGACGUCCGCACCCUCGCCCUCUUCCCCGACCUUGAUGCCGGCCAGCGCAGCUUCGCCACCUACUUGAUGCAGCAGAACGGCGUCAUGAAUAGGGCAUCGUUCGACGGCGCUGAGGAUGCGGCGCGGAGGCAAGCAGUUCUUGAAGAGCUACUCGAUGGCCUUACCAAAGGCGCUAGACUACGGUAGAAAUGGGUAAGUAGGCAACGAUGAACAUGUCAGAAGUGAUCAGCG